AUGGCGGCGGCGCCCACUGCCUCCUCGCCCGGCGGGUGCCCCACGGCUGUGAGGCUGCCGCGGUCGCCACCGCUCAAGGUUCUGGCGGAGCAGCUGCGGCGCGACGCGGAGGGCUGCUCGGGCGCGUGGCGGCUGUCGCGGGAGGCGGCGGGCCGCGGGCCGCUGGAGCUGACGGCCGUAUGGAUGCAGGGCACGGUGCUGGCGGCGGGCGGCGGCGAGGCGCGGCUGCGGGACCCGAGCGGGGCCUUCUCGGUUUGCGGCCUGGAGCGGGUGCCGCGCGGGCGGCCCUGCCUCGUCCCAGGAAAGUAUGUGAUGGUGAUGGGAGUGGUUCAGGCCUGCAAACCGGAGCCAUGCCUGCAGGCUGUGAAGAUGACAGAUCUUUCUGAUAAUCCCCUCCAUGAAAGCAUGUGGGAGCUGGAAGUGGAAGAUUUACACAGGAAUAUUCCUUAGAGGAUGUUGGAAACGUCGAUAAAAACAACCGAAAUUCAGAAACAACUUAGGUUCUUAUACCGUAUGGAUUUCAUGGACAUCACUCAAUAUGUAUUUCUCAAAAGUUUAUCAGAGAGCUUUGCUUCGAGGAGUCUGGAUGUAGGAUUUCUAAAUGCUGGGACACUCCAGUGAACUCAGCCCCUGCUGCCCCUUGCUAUGACUGUUUGCUGAUGAAAAGCAGAUGUUUUGUUCUCUUUUUCCUCUCCUUUUUUUUUUUUUUUUUGCUUUAUGUGUGUUAAUUCUCUCUCUCUAAAGCACACAGAAAUCUCAUGUUGCAUUUUCCAAGUUUUACAAGUGAUGAUACUUUUUCCAUUACCACUGCAACCCUACUUUACGAGGCAGAAUUUGAACCUCAGUCAUUGUCAGAAGAGAGUAAAGUGUGUGGUUAUGGGCAGGAAAAGAGGCUGCAUAAAAAAGGAAUGACCUCAUGGCUCGGCAGUCUUCUCCAUCAACAGCUCCGUAUCCAGUUUGCAAGUCAAACGGCAUUUUCUAACUGCAGGCACUGGGGCCUCUCAAAGACACAGCCCUCUUUCUGCUUCAGACACCACUCAGCCCUAAAUGUGUAAGGUCCAUUCCCUGCAGAUGCGGACGACGAUGUCUGCCCUUCUUCCUUCACUUAGGGCUGUUGAAACACUUUCAGAAUUUCUUGUUGAAACUAAAAAUCAAGACUAAGAACAACUUCCAGGCAUGAACUAAACUUCUGCCUCAUAACUUUUGGUGAGAUGCUGUGAGGAGGCAGCCUCCUGGUUAGAGUCUUUAUGUUGUUUUUGGUAGGGAAUGUCCUUCUGUUGUGAUUGUGUUCAGUGUUGGGUGGCAGCUCUUCACUUCUUACACAACCUUCACUUUGCUGUAAAUAUCAAGGGGGUCGGGUUAUGUUCCUCAUUGCUAUGGAGUUUUGCUGGAUUAUUUAUCUCUACCACUAGUAAAUUGUUUUCUAUGCCGUAUUUUUUAAAAUAGAUUUUAUUUUUUAGGCGGCUUAGAUUUCUAGAAAAACAAAAAAGAUCAGAACCUAUAGAGAUGACCUUUACAUGCCCUCCCUCAGUUUCCCCUGUUAUUAACAUCUUGCACUGGUGUGGUACCUUUGUUAAAAUCGAUGAGCCAGCAUUGAUACGUUAUUAUUAAUUAAAGUCCAUUGUUUACUUAGGGGUCAUGCUUUGUGACGUACAAUAGGCAUAAUAUCGCGUAUCCACUGUUACAGUAUCAUACAGAAUAGUUUUGUUGCCCUAAAAGUCCUCUGUGCUCCACCUAAUCAUCCUUCCCUCCACCGUAACCCCUGGCAACCACUGAUUUUUCUACUGUCUCCAUAGUUUGCCUUUUCCAGGAUGUUAUAUAGUUGGAAUCACACAGUCUAUAGCCUUUUCAGACCAGCUUCUUUCAGUUAGCAAUAUGCAUUUAAGGUUCCUCCAUGUAGUUUUGUAGCUUGAUAGCUCAUUUCUUUUUAUCCUAAUCCUCCACUGGAUGGAUGUACCCUAGUUUGUUUAUCCAUUCACUUAUUGAAGGACAUCUGCUUGAUUCCAGUUUUUGGCAAUUAUUAAUAGGGCUGUUGUAAACACUCGUGUGCAGAUUUUGUGUGGACAUAGGUUUUCAACAUACCAGGGUAAAUGCCUGGGAGCGUGAUUGUUGGUUACACGGUCAGCCUGUGUCUAGCCUUGUGAGAAACGGCCAGACUGUCUCAGACUGCCAUAACUAAACACCAUAGAGCUGGGGCUUAAAAACAUCCGACAUUUACUUUUCAAAGUUCUGGAGGCCAAAGUCAAGGUGCUGCUUCCUGUUUCACAGGUGGCUGUCCUCUCACUGUGUCCUCACAUGGUACCAGGGGGCAAGGUUGCUCCCUGGGGUCUCCUGUAAGGGCACUGAUCCCGUUCACCUCCCAAAGGCCCCACCUCUAUACCAUUACACUGGGGGCUAGGUUUCAACGUAUGAAUUUGGGUUAGGGAGAAUACAUAUUCAGUCUAUAGCGCUUUGGAGGGGCCAUAUUCAAUCUGUAGCGCUAUCUUCCACCGUGGCUGCACCAUUUUGCUGUCCCAUCAGCAGUGUACGGAGUUUUUGUUCUGCAGCCUCACCAACAUUUGAUGUUGUCAGUGUUUUGGAUGUGCCAUAGUUUUAAACUCUAGCAUUU